GCGGAAGUUGACGGCACACAACAAUUACCCGUGUCUUUUACCUAUCGCAAAAGCAGCAAGUGGUUGGCGCAAGGACGACCGACUUUUACCGCGAGCGCGCGUCAUAUCGUUGCCGGGGCGGCAUCAUCCUAAACAUCACUGCUCGUUAAAAAAAAAACUCAACUCUGGCGAAGAGAUGGUUACCAGUAACCGCGAUGAUCUCACACCUAAUGACUAUCCAGUGUCUAGGCCGAUCCCAGCUUCGAACCAUGAACCGGAUACGCAAAAGCAAAAAAGUAAAAAAGGCGGCCCAGACAGUUGGGAGGGCUGGAGAAUGGUCAUCUAUUGCUUUACAAACACCUUCCUUGUCGGCGGCUGCACCCGUUCCGCUGCUGUUCUCUAUGUUGCUGUUAUGGAUACGUUUCACGUAGAGCGUGGAGAAGCUGCGUGGCCCAUCUCAUUGAUUUCUGGUUUUCUUAGUUUUGCCGGUAUUCUGUCGGGCCCGUUGAGUACGAGAUUUGGGCUACGUAUAACGUGCGUCAUCGGCGGGUGCAUGUCAGUCGUAUGUCUUGGUGCUUGCUACUUUGCGAACAAUAUUGUCCAGCUUACCGUCCUUUUUGGCAUCCUUAACGGUAUCGGCGCUGGAUUGAUGUAUAACCUGAAUCCGGUUAUUUUGAGCUACUAUUUCCAGAAAUACAAAGGUGUCGCUUUAGGUAUUAACUAUUGUGGAUCAACUGUUGCAGCGAUGAUUUUUCCGAAAUUCACGGAACUACUUUACGAUGACUUCGGACUGCAUGGGUUAUUUUUGAUUUUCGCGGGAAUCAUGUUGAUUACACCAAUAAUGUCGUCUUUGAUGCGGCAGCCAUCCUGGCGGAAAACGAAAAUGCGUGCGCCAAGUAUUGAUCAAGAGAUCGUUCGACGCUUCACCAUCAGUUCUCAUGGACGGACGUCGCCAGUUGCGACAAUGACCCAACGGUCCCGGAUAGAUACGGGGACGGGGGAGUCUCCGCGAACUCGAUCGCGUAGUGCCACAACGUUAUCACAGAUUGGGAACAGGACUCGUACGACGUCAAUCAAUAUUAUGGGAAUAAAUAUUGGUACUCGAGGAAAAAAUGAUCCGGAUCUCGUGUUCGCCACAGAUAUUGGCACAGGCGCCUUGCCACAUAAUACCAGUGAAAACGAGCUGGCAGAAGUAACGUUAUCCAAUUUAGACAACGUCAACGCUCGUGAGGAGAAGAAUCCGCACAGGGAUCAACCGCCGCUUCCUUCGCCAGAUGUCCACACGUUGAGUGCUGCUAUUGAUGCUGGAAAAGAUGCUGAACUGGCUCAAGUAUCCGAGGCUCUGGAAAAAGAAAGGCAGCUCUCUCUCAGAGAGAUAUUCUGUAACCCUUUGUUCUAUUUGAUGAUUAUCUCCUACAUCGUUUUCACGACCUACACCGAUAUACUAUUUUUGGUAAUGAUUGACCUAUUUACGGACAAAGGCAUCGAUCAAAGCACAGCCAUCGGGACAAUUCCGUUUGUCUCGGUUACGGAUAUGCUAGGACGUCUCAUUCUUCCUUUUCUUGUGGAUAAAGGAUUCAUCGACCGUAAGGUAGUAUUCGUCGUGAACUACUUCUGCCUUGGUGGUCUGGCCUGUAUCAUUCCGUCGUUUCGAGAAUACAGUGUCCUGACUUGCCUUUUCGUUCUUGUUGGAUGGUUCUAUGGAUCGACUGUUGUUAUGUGUACGAUUAUCGUCUCUGAUAUUCUAGGAAUUCACAAUCUUGCCGUCGCAAAUGGUUUAAUCUGUUCUACAGUCGGCUUUAUCGCCUUCGGACGCCCGACUUUCAUUGGAUAUUUUCGUGAUACCGUGGGGUCGUACGAUCCGAUGUUAUACUUCUGGAGCGCCUUACUCUUUACAAUGGCUGUCGUUUGGUCUGUAAUUGUAAUAGCUGUGCGCAGACAAGACGCUAAGCAAAAAACCUGAAAAAAAACCUUACUAUUUUCCAACUUAUUAUUAUUAUUGUUAUUGUUUUUGUGUCGGAAAUCAACCGUUAAAAAUGUUGAAUCAUUGCGCUACGUUGCAGUUAUCAAAUGCAGGCUGCUAUAUUUCAUAAAUCAUGUAUUGUGACUCACAAUGAGUUUGGCAUUAAAUAACUGUCUGAUUCGUUUGCUAAAUAGAAAUUAAAUAGCUUUUCCGUUUUUCAUGGGCCUUUUACGGCUAAUACUAACGAAAACUAUUACUAUGCGAAAUCCAAUUUAGGGUAUUACACACUGUGGCAGUUUUUUAGUACCUAUAAGAAAUGUUUGCAAACGCACGAAUAUAUUGAGCCAAAUACUACAUGUACAAAAUAAAUAGCUGAU